GUCAACCUCUUCCGCUCUCUUUUCGUUGAGGCUCAGCUAGCGGCCGGCCUGCAAACAUGCAGAUUUUCGUGAAGACAUUGACGGGGAAGACCAUCACCCUUGAGGUUGAGCCCAGCGACACAAUCGAAAAUGUCAAGGCAAAGAUCCAGGACAAGGAAGGAAUUCCCCCUGAUCAGCAGCGUCUGAUCUUCGCUGGCAAGCAGCUGGAGGAUGGACGUACACUGUCUGACUACAACAUCCAGAAAGAAUCCACUCUGCAUCUGGUUCUGCGUCUGCGUGGUGGCAUCAUCGAGCCUUCACUCAGACAACUGGCCCAGAAGUACAACUGCGACAAGAUGAUCUGCCGCAAGUGCUAUGCCCGUCUGCACCCCCGUGCUGUCAACUGCCGCAAGAAGAAGUGUGGACACACCAACAACCUUCGCCCCAAGAAGAAGCUGAAGUAGACAUUUUGACUGAAUUGGCUUUCUGUGCCAUUUUGUGUUAAAAUAAAUUAAGAAAACAA